AUGCGCACUCACACUGGGGAGCAGCCGUACUGCUGCGGCCAGUGCAACCGUCGUUUCAGCAUCUCCUCCAAUAUGCAACGUCAUGUACGCAACAUUCACCACCUGGAGAAGCCCUUCACCUGCUCCUUCUGCGCCCGCUCCUUCGCUCAGCGAACCAAUCUAGAUCGACACCUACGUCACCACGCCAACGCCGCCGCAUUAAGACCGUCAGCGACCUUGAGGGGAGGCGGUGAUGACCUUGAAACCGCCACAACGUCGCUGAUAACUUAA